AUGAAGAAAGGCGAACUGUUCAAAGACUGGAAAUUCCAUAUACUUGAUGCGAAACUGAGUAAACUAAAACUAGAAAAUUUUAAAGAACAAAUUAUCGCGCAAGGUGGAAAAGUUAUUGACGAUGACCAUAAAUUUCACGAAGUCGACAUUUUCAUAACAGCAUUAAAAUCUCCUGCAAGAAUUUCGCGUUACGUGCCCGAGUAUAUGCCGAAACCGGUGGUCUCUCUAGAAUGGCUUGAAGAGUGUUUAGACUCUAAAACGAGAUUACCAUUUGACGGGUACCUUGUCUACGGCACACAAAAAAAUAUAAAAGAAAAUAAAGUCGGUGAACUAGAAAAAAUUCGGAGGCCGGAUAUCUCUCAAAUUACUAAUUUUAAUUUGGAAGAGAAUUCUAGUGUAGAAAGUGACGGCAGCGAUUCCUUAUCUUCAUACGGAGGGGACCAAGAAGAUCAUACAGAAGACGAAGAUGUCGAUUUAGAUCCCACAUUCAAUAAUACAAGAUACGAAUGUCUUCGCCCAACACCAUUAAUCCCAAAAUAUAAUCAAUCCCUAAUUGAGUUGCUAGAAAUUAUAGCAAAAGCGCGAGACUUGGAGGGAGAACAUCGCAAUGCAUUAAGCUAUUGUAUCGGCUCAAAAAUAGGUUAUCAGACCAAAUUAUAUCUUGAAACAGGUACGAUUGAAGAAGCAGAGGAUUUGCGUAAUAGUGAGAAAUUCACAAUAUUAGAAACUUUUUCCCAUGUAUAUGGAGUUGGCCCUAAAACCGCUCAAUUAUGGUAUAAAAAGGGCUAUAGAACCCUUGAGGAUGCCUGUAAAGAUCCUUAUCUAACUGAAGCUCAACGGAUAGGAUUGGAACUCUUUGAACAGUUUCAAAAAAAGAUAUCACGGAAGGAAGUCGAAGAAAUCAUCGAGAUUCUUGAAAAAGAAAUCAAAGCUGUAGAUCCAAGGUGUAUACUUACCCCAGUUGGCGGCUAUCGGCGUGGAAAAGAGUUCAGCGGAGAUGUUGAUGUGAUAGUAACUCAUCCUGUAGAAGAAGCGGUCACGAAAUUGUUACCACGAAUUAUUGACCAAUUGUCUCAAAAAGGAUACCUGAAAUACAAGAUGUGGUAUGGUCAUACAGUGCAAAAAGUGCCAAAGCUGCCAAAGGUGCCAAAGCGCAAUCUCAUGGAUCGUUUGGAUAAAUGUUUUUGCGCAUUUUAUCAACCGAGUGCAAAACUACAUCGGCAAGUAGAUAUUAUAAUUGCGCCGCGUAGUCUUUAUCCAACCGCAAUAGUAGGCUGGACAGGAUCAAGACAAUUUGAACGAUCUUUGAAACACUAUGCCAGAAAGGAAAAAAAUCUAGUAUUUGCAUCUCAUGGCCUAUUUACAAAUACUAUGCCGCGUAGGCGUAUCCCUCUUUCCACUGAAAGAGAAGUUUUUGAUGCUAUAGGAGUCCCAUGGUUGGAACCGGAAAUGCGCAAUUGUUAA